AUGUACUCAUCUGCCCCUUAUUACCAUCAUUCAAAACCAUCCUCUUCUACUGCUGAUGCUUUAACAGACCGUCAGAGUUCGCAGAACCUCAUAUCUAAUAGAGCGACAUUAAAUACCCCAACCCUGUUGGCUACAGAAGCUGUUGGCCAGCAGUCUCCAUUAGGAUUCGACUCUCAUUCUAUUAUGUUUGAUCAAACUACUCUUGAUGGAUAUACUUCGCUCCUGACUCGAUCACUGAGUACUCCUGCAUCUGGUAUUAACCCUCAUCAUAUCAGAUACAAGUUUUCAACCGAAUCCCCUGUACGAGAAGCUGGGGUUUUGGUUCCUCUAUGCACUGUCAAUGGCAUUCCAAGUGUCUUGUUUACUGUCAGAAGCUCCAACCUCCGCACUCAUAGCAACGAAGUUUCAUUCCCUGGCGGAGUGAGAGAUGCAGUUGACACUUCAAUACAAGCUACUGCCUUGAGAGAAACCAUGGAAGAGAUUGGCAUCCCAUCAACCAACAUUCAGAUCUUGGGUCAAUCCACUCCAGCUCCAAGCAAAACUUACUCCACCAUCGUUACUCCCUAUAUUGGAUUUAUUCGAUCUGAUAUCAAACAGGUGUCUGAUGUAUGGUUCAACAAGGAUGAAGUGGCUCAAGUAGUUGCCAUAUCUAUGGUCGAUUUGUUGGAUCCAAGUAAGCAACAGAUUCAAACCUUUCGGGGAAUUGGAGUCAAGAUCUCCACCUGGCCUGUACCUGGAACAACGCAUCGAAUUUGGGGAUUGACUGCAUAUAUUUUGGACCAGUUUAUUAAUAACAUUGUUACCAAGUAUCAUUUUGGUGAAGUGGGUACAAAAAUAAAUAAUAAAGUUUUGGAAUGA